CACUGAUUAUGCUAAUCCGAGCUGAGCACCGCUAACAUUUUCCACGUUGCCCUCGUAUUUGAACUGCUCCGCCCCUCCACCAUUAUCCGGUUCUACAUACGUAUAUAUCGAUCCCUUCCUAACUUCAUCGCGAGUCCAUUUUCUGUCUCAAGACUCCACCAAAUUUGUGGAUCAGUCUCAGUCGUCAGACCAGCCGAUACAGUGCGUAAAUUGAGUAGCGCUGUAGAAAAGAUAACCUUCAAUUAUUUGGGUUGAGUAACUGUUGCCGCUGUUACCAGAACAUUUAUCUAAUUCAGAAUGGGAAGGUGUGAAUGAGGCUCCCUUUCUUGGUGUUAGGUACAUUGUGCAGUAAGCUUCAAUGGGAAACUCAUACAGAAAAUUGUUGUCACUAUGUCCCUGGACGAGAAAUUCAAUAAAGCUGCUGAGGAUGUUAAGAAUCUGAAAAGCAAACCUUCAGAUACAGAUCUCUUGGAAAUAUAUGCAUUGUUCAAACAGGGUAGUGUGGGUGAUGUAAAUACUGGCUCGGCCAGGAAUGCUGGACCUCAAAGGAAAAGCGAAGUGGGACGCCUGGAACUCGAAGAAAGGCCUAGACAAAGACACUGCAAAGAACCAAUACAUCGCAAAAGUUCAAUCACUAAUAGAUACUAUUGGAUUACAGUAAUUGUUUUAUCUUUUCUACAUUUUAUACCUAUGUUAAUAAAGGUUAGUCUUACUGAGAUUGCGAGAUGCGUUUCUAUUUUUUAUUGAUGAUUCUGUCCAUCAGUUGUAAGAAAUAAGGGCUACUCUUCUAACUGUUGAAUACAUAACGAUAUAAGACUUGAUUAUAUUAUGAUUAACA